AUGCUCAGGGCAGGCGCACGGAGCGCACGAGUGGCAUGCGGGAUGGCGCGGGUACUGAGCAGCAGCAGCGCGGUAGGCAGGGUGGCACUCGACGCGGCGCCGGCGACGACGCGGGUGCGGUUUGCGCCGUCGCCGACGGGCGCCCUGCACUUGGGCGGCUUGCGGACAGCACUGUUCAACUAUCUGUUUGCGCGGGCGACGGGCGGCGAGUUUGUGGUCCGCAUUGAGGACACCGAUGCGAGCCGGACGGUGCCGGGUGCACGCGCCGCGCUGCUGGACGCGCUGGCCUGGGCCGGGCUCACGCCCGAUGACGCGCCGGUGGCCGAGCCUGCCGCCGACGAUGCGCGGUUGGUGCAGUCGGCGCGAACAGCCGAGUAUGCGCAGGCGGCCGAAGCACUGAUGGACGCUGGUGCGGCGUACCGCUGCUUUUGCACGCCGGCCGAGCUCGAUGCCGAGCGGGAGGCUGCGCGGCGGGCCGGGCGGCUGCAGAUCUAUUCGCGUCGGUGCAUGGGGCUUGCUCCCGAGGAGGCGCGUGCGCGUGCGGCCGGCGGCGAGGCGCAUGUUGUGCGGCUCAAGGUCCCGCAGGGCUCGUCAGUUUUUCACGACGCAGUCUUUGGCACUGUCCGCGUCGCCAACGCCCAGAUCGACGACCAAGUCCUUGUCAAAUCGGACGGCCUGCCGACGUACCAUCUGGCCAACGUUGUCGACGACGCAGCCAUGCACAUGACCCAUGUCAUCCGCGGGCAGGAGUGGCUCAUCUCGACGCCCAAGCACGUGAUGAUGUACGAGGCACUCGGGCUGAGACCGCCGACCUUUGUCCACCUCCCGCUCCUGCUCGACACCGCCAAGCGCAAGCUCUCCAAGCGCGACGCCUCCUCGUCGGUCGACCACUACCGCCAGCAGGGCUUCCUACCGUCGGCGCUCCUCAACUUUGUGGCCUUUCUCGGCUGGUCGCCCAACGAUGCGGCGCUAGCCGGCGUCGACGCCCAGGCCAUGUCGCUUGAUGAUCUCGUCGACGUCUUUAGCCUUGACGACAUCAACAAGGGCGGGGCCAUCGUCGACUACGACAAGGCGCUCGCGGUGAAUGGGACGCACCUCGCGUCGCUGUUUAAGCCGAACCCGCCCAUGGCACCCGAGCAGGCCGCAGCCUCCCGGGCUGGCCUCGUUGCCGAGACAGCGGCUGCGCUGUCGGCUGCCGGCACCCCUGCAUCGGUCGACUAUGUCGACAAGGUGUGGGCCGAGUUUGCGCCGUCGCUCUCGCUAGGCAACGAGCUCGUUGCUACCGCCAGCUACAUGUUUGCGCCCCCGCCGCACACCGCGUGCGCCGCGGCCUCGGCCGAGCUGCACGCGCUGCCGCAGCUGGAUGCCCUCAUCACCGAGCUCGACGCGCUGUCCGAGUGGGAUGCCGAUGCCAUCAACGGCGUGCUCACUGGCUACCGGAACGCGCACAAGCUCAAGCCGCGGCAGGUCCUGUUUCCGCUGCGAGUGGGUGUGACCGGCGCCCGAGGCGGGCCGCCGCUGGCAAGUCUGUUUGCGCUGCUCGGCAAGGCCGAGUGCAUGGACCGGCUCCGCCGGGUGAUGUAGGUUGUAAGCGCGCGGUAAAGCUGGAAUUAC